UUAAAUUCUAAAUAUUUUAAAUACUUUAUUUCUGCAGGUAAAAGUAAAUUUUUCAACUUGAAAUUAAAAAUAAACCGGAAUGUUUGUAAGAAAUUACUGAAUGAAUAAAUUCUGAAGAAAGAAAACAUCUCCAAAUUACACUACCAAAGUUACCUAUUAUGGCUGAAACUAAUCCGGAGUUACCAAGCUUUCGCGAAGACCCAGAUGCAGUUUGGAAACGAACUCUUCAAAACGAAAUAAAAGCUGCGAAUAAUUGGGAAGAGGAAUGGAGUUUCCUUAUUGAAGAAUACAAACAAUUACAGAAUGAAACAGCAAAAACUUAUGUUUUUCCUGUUAAAGAAGAAGAACGGAAAAGCUCAGUGGAUUAUCCAAAAUACCCGAAAACAACUGCUAAAGAGAUUGGAUGGUUAGCUAGUAAUCCUAUAUAUUCAUUAGAAAAGUUUGGACGCUAUGCUAAACCAAUUGGAACAAUAUACAAAAGAUUCGGUUGGCCUAUUGAAGGUUGUCCAUGA